AUGCUAACGCUGGCAAGCAAGUUGAAGCGGGAUGAUGGUCUCAAAGGGUCCCGGACAUCAGCUUCCACAUCUGACUCUACUCGGAGGUUUUCGGUGAGAGACAAGUUGCUUGUUAAAGAGCUGACUGUAAGCCCAGAUGAGGGUUACUAUCAGGGUGGAAAAUUUCAGUUUGAAACUGAAGUUCCCGAUGCCUACAACAUGGUGCCUCCCAAGGUGAAAUGCUUGACUAAAAUCUGGCACCCCAACAUCACAGAAACAGGGGAAAUAUGUCUAAGUUUACUAAGAGAACAUUCAAUUGAUGGCACUAGCUGGGCUCCCACUAGAACAUUAAAGGAUAUUGUUUGCGGGUUAAACUCUUUAUUUGCCAAUCUUUUGAAUUUUGAUGAUCCACUGAAUAUUGAAGUUGCAGAACAUCAUUUGUGGGACAAGGAGGAUUUUCAGGACAAAGUGGAUGAAUACAUCAAACGCUAUGCCAAAUGA